CUUUGACUUUUAAACGUCAGAGCAAUGAAAUGUAUAACAGGUCCAUAACAAAUAAUAACCUUGCAACCGAAAGUUAAAAUUUACAGUAUUGUCAAUUUACCGUUACAAUUAGUUAUUUUUAUUAUUUAUAUUAAAGAUUGGAUAUUUCGUAUAAUGUAGUGAUAUGUGAACAAUGUUGGGAACUGAGACUGUGAAUUUGGGAGAGUUAGGUGAAAUGAGCGCGCUAAAAUGACAUUAAGGACAUGGCGGGCUAAUCUUUCAAAAAUCCUUUUUAUGAAGAAAGUCCUCAUCAGAAGUGUAGUUUAGAGUACAAUUAAUAAUUAGUACAUUCCAAAACCUCAAAUGGAGAAUACUCCACUACAAGAUACUCCAGAAGUAUCAGACUACCUGACGGGUACUUUCGGGUCUUCCUCAGGCUACGAAUCUCAUUCCUAUAACUCAUCCUCUUAUGUUGAAACCCCUACUACAUCUUUAAAUGUCUCUCGAAAAAGAAAGUUCCAUCAGAGCUUCAUCAAAGAAAGAAAAUUAAAAGUUCAACAAGAUGCUAUUUCAGUGUCACCUUUAGAUUUUGAGAAUCAUAGUACAAGCUUGUACUUCUUGUCAAGUACAUUAAAUGAGUCUAUUACAAACAAAUUAGAGAAAUGUACUAUUAACUUUACACCUAAUUUUUAUACGGAAAGGUCUCCUGUUGAAUGUUAUCCUACCAAUAAAUGCUCAAAACGUCAGAAAAUAGAUGAAGAAGAGGAAUAUCAACCUAAAUCAAGAUCAGCUCCUUCUACACCCACAAAACAGAUAUGUGAGCAUCCCAGUCCUAUUUUCAAAAGUAAAAGUGAACAUUUGGAAAACAGUUGCACUCCCACAAAACACACCAUAACAAGACCACUAGGAUCUCCUGAAAGUAACAAAAUUUUGUACUCCAAUAUUCCUGAAAAAGCUUUUCCCAAACCAAAAACACCUCAGAAACUUGUGGAAUCACUUAAGAAGCUUAAUUCACCAGCAAAGAAAAGAUUAUUUGAUGAUUGUCACAGGAAGCCUUUUAAGAAAAUAGACAGGGACCCUAUAAGUGUUUUCCGACUGAAAAAUAGUUGUCCAAGAAUUUUAGCUCUCAUUUUUGAAUUUUUGUCAGAAGUAGACCUUUACCAUGUUAGCAUGGUUAGUAAGACAUGGAAAAGUGCACUUGUAAGUGAUGAGAGGGCUUUCACUAGAUAUGUUAGAUAUAUAGAGGAUCAUAAAAGUAAUAAAGAGAAUAUUUUAAAGAAAUUACCAAAUUUCUACACUGCCUUAAGCCCGCCAUGUAGUCCUGAAAGGGAAAACUUUCAAAAAUGCACCAAAUUGGUGUCGACCUUGAAAUCGUCUCAGAGUCUCUUAAAAUGCCCCCGUUGCUUUCAUCUCGCAGUUGUGGAAAAGAACAUUGGUCAAUGUCAGAAUGUUCUUUGCCAGUACAUUUGGUGUCGCAACUGCUCCAGUUUUUCGGCGACGGGCCCCGAGGACUUUUACGAUAAAUGCCAGAAAUCAGAACUCGUUUUAGAGGCUCCGGCUGUGCGUCAGAGGCUUUUGGACAUUUCCAAUGCAACAGCCACCACCAACGUAAAUACAGAUACCAUGCCGUCAUUCUUCAUGGACUCGUCUCCUGGACCACUUCAUCUAAAUACUAGCAAAUAUGAUUCAUCAGGGUACAUGUCAGAGAAUGACUUGGGAUCCCCAGCUGUCCGAAGGAAUACCUCAACCGCACUCACGGGAAAAGAUAAGUCUAAUAUUUUGAAAGAUUGUAAUAGGAAUUCAAGCUCAUCUUUGAGGAGGUCUAGGCGGUCGUCGCUGCUCUCGGUAGUGGAGUCCAAUACUCCAAAGAUCGUUGAAACCGUGGAACCUUCGAGUCCUCCUAAAGUUAAAAAUGUUGCCUGCUCAAGACAGAGCAAAAAGAAUUUAAAACGCCUCAAAUUUUAAUAUAGUUCCUUUUUUAUUCAUGUUUAUCUCUUAAAUAUAUUUUCUUUUGUACGUAAAUACGUUUUGUCCUUCUGUGAUGUAUUUUGAUCGAUUAAUUAAUUAUCUCCAAAUCUUUCAAGCAUAGUGAGGAUGCUUGAAGUAAUUACGUUAAAAAAAUAUAAUAAAUGCAGGUAAGUGCUUAACUAUUGGCAUGCAGCCAUAAGCAUAUUUUUUUAAUGUGUACACUUUUUUAAUAGGUGUUUGUUUUUUUUUAAGAUGUAAGAUGUGCAUUGGAAUUUUAAAUUAAGUGAAUUGUAUCGUUAUAAAGAUUUUUUUAGUGGUACUAGUUGUUGCAUUUCCUUUGUACUCCAGUUUAUACAGUACUAUAAUU